UGCUGCAAACUAAGGAAAAGAAAAGCAUUUUUAGUCAAGUAAAAUGUAAAAACAGUUUCUUUUGUGAAAUGGUUUUGCAUCAACCAUUAAAUGCUAUUUAAAUAUCACAGGCAAAGAUAAGCUAGCUCUGGCACCUUUAGGCAGUCUGUCUGUGUGCUGUGGGCUGAGUGGUUGUACCUGUAAAUCCUGUGUGUGAGCUGGGACUUUCUUGCUGACACAGCAUCUGCACUCUUUGCAUUCAAGGAAUAUAAUGCUGCUAUUGAAAGCACUUUCCAAAGGAAAGAUAUGAAGUUUGGCAAAAGACCAGCAUGUGGGCUGAAAUCAUUGAAAAGCUGGGUGGCUCUUUGUGUGUUGAUCGUGGUGAUGCUCCUGUUGUGUCAUGACCCGUUGCUAAUAAUCUGGUGGCCUCAGAAACCUGCUGAGAAAACUCAGAGUGAGGGUUUACCUCUGGAUAUGGCGACAGAUUCCAUUGAUGACAUGUUUGACGGAUGCCGAUCUGAAGCAGCCUCUAUGAUCGACCUAUUUGGCGUGUUUGAGUGGCACUUUAACAGAAACUUCAGUUUUGCCUGGGCUUCAGCUGAAAGAAAUGCAAAGAAACCUGCGUACAAGUUCCUGAAAGAAGACCACGCUAUAGUCAUGUACAUGUACACAAAACUGAAACAUAUCCAAGAAGAUUUCAACAAAGCAGUGAAAACAGGGAAACACAAGUACAGCACAUACGGUUUCAAGUACCACUAUUUCUACUUUUACCUGACCGAUGCCAUUCAAGUUCUGCAUCAGAAUCAGACGUCGUGCAGAACCACCUAUCACAGGACAUGGAGACAGUUUAACCGCAAUGUCGUCAACACAAACAUGCGUUUUGGUGCCUUCACUUUGGCAGCUUCGACUAAGCCGCCAUUUGAUUUUAAUGGCAAUGUGUCUUGUUUUGAGAUCUACACAUGCUUUGGUGCGGAUGUGACAUAUUACUCUGCUACAAACCAAAUGGGACAGGUGCUGAUACCUCCAUAUGAGGUUUUCAAAAUCACUGACGUCCUAACAAAUGACCAAUGGUGCAGUGUGGUUUACAAGCUAGAGAGCACCAAAAUACCAGCGAGAGAUUUAAAUUGUAAACUACAUCAACAUCAAAUAAAACAAUAUUUUGGAGAUGUUCCAACACACUGGCAUAAAAACGGUGUGGGGAUGAGGAUGUUAGUAUAUGUUCUACUGAUGGUUAUAGUUGCUUUAGUUCUUGUAAUCCGUGGUAAAAUGUGUUUUGUGGCUGCAGUGACGGGUGCUCUGCUGGUGCUGAUUUUUAUUGCGAUGAUGGUGAGAAUUAGCCACUGAAUCAAUGACGGGAGACGAGGUGUUAAUGGGACACAUUCCCAAAACCCCCCCCCCAAAAAAAAACCCCAAUAAAAAACAAUAAUACCAUUUCAGAUAUUUGAAGCAUUUUUGAUUGUUUCCAGACUGGACUCUACAUAUUUACUGGGAAGUAUUUGCACUGCUCAAAUAAAUGAACUUGUAUAAAACAAAGCUUCCUGUGGGAUAUUGUAAUUAUUCCUUGGGUCAUAUCAGUGGUAUUAA